UAGUAAUUAAAGUACUUAAUUAUUACCUUUGUAGAUGGAAAAUAGAUUGGAUAUCGUUGCCCGGGAGGGGAAUAUUGAAGCCUUGUAUUAUCUGAUGAAGGAAGAUGCACAUCUUUUGGAGCACUUUGAGGCAGUGCCUUUUGUAGACACUCCUUUGCAUGUAGCUGCAUCCGCAGGGCAAGUCCAUUUCGCCGUGGAGAUCAUGAGACUAAAACCGUCUUUUGCGAGAAAGUCGAAUCAAAACGGAUAUAGUCCUAUUCAUUUGGCUAUGCAAAAUGCGCACACAAACUUGGUGCUUCGUCUUCUAGACAUCGACAGAGAUCUCGUCCGCGUCCGCGGAAGAGAGGGUAAAACUCCUUUGCAUUUCGCGGUUGAGUGCGGCGAGAUUGAUCUUCUGGCUGAGUUUCUAUUGGUUUGUCCCAAAUCCAUUCAAGAUUUGACAAUUCGGAAAGAAACUGCUCUGCAUGUCGCUGUUAAAAGUGAUAAGUUGGAAGCACUCAAAGUCCUCCUGGGGUGGCUUGAGCACGUUGGCAAGAAAGGGGUCCUCAACUGGGGUGACGAUGAAGGAAACACCAUCUUGCAUAUUGCAGCAGCCAGGAAUCAAACUAAGAUGGUGAGACUGAUUAUCGAUAGAAUUGAUCUAAAUGCUAAGAAUUCGGCCGGUUUGACAGCACUAGACAUUUCACCAGAGCAAACACAACCCAACAGCGGCACGCUCAAGCUUAUGUUGCAUCGUGCUGGUGCCUUAAAAGCAUCGGCACUUCCUACUGUCCCAAAACUCGCAGAUUCACUGAAGUCAAAGAUGUCAUGGCGUGAAAAAUGGAUCAUAUCCGACUACCGCAAAAGACUCUACUUGUCAAAUGAGGACCGCAACAUCAUUUUGCUCGUCGCUGUUCUGUUCGCGACGGCUAACUACCAGGCUGCACUUGACUCCUUCUCCAAGGGCGACGACGAUGAUCCCUCUACAUAUUUCGCAUAUUAUAGUGAUGGUGUUGUCCGUGCAAUAUUUAGUCUGGUGAACAAAAUAGCCUUCCUUGCCUCUAUGGUAGUGAUAUAUCUCCACCUUCCAGCUGAUUGUGGAAUCCUGCGCUUAGUUUUACCUUUAGUUAUCUGCAAUUACGCAGUGAUGAAAAUUUACCGCGAAAUAUCAUUUUCGUUAAUGCUUUGUGUGAUAUUUUUUAUGAUCCUGUGUUAUCACUCCAAGUUGGCAAUAAUUCUGCACAAAUACGUCCCGAUAUUCGUACAAAAGAGAGUAAUGAAGAUGAAGAUCACCAUAUUAGACCGUUGCUCCAGCUUUCACAGAGAAUUGGUGGCAUAGUUACUCCCCGCGGGAAGAACUCGAGAUUUUUGAAUUGGGACCCAGUAUUGAUCUUUGAAAACACGUUGUAAGUAAUUGUAAGAAUAGCUGAUAUAUAGUUUACUGCACAACUUUAAUUGCAUGGAGGCCCUAGUACGUUUUGUGUUAUAGUAGAUAGUGCAAAAUGUCAUUGGCCUAGAGUAGGACUGAAUUAUGAUUUCUUUGUUAAACUGGGAAAAGUUUUGUUCUUGUACAUUCGCUUCUCUUAUAAUUGUUACUUCUUUUGUCCCUUUA